GGGAACCCCUUCAACAUGGAGGUGCUGGUGGACUCCUGGCCUGAGUACCACACAGUCAUUGUCCGGCCUCAGAAACAGGUAGUCACACAAAGAUCAUUGGGAAUGGUCAGCUCCAUACAGCCCAAGGGGUCUCAAGCAGUGAAGCUCAGUACCUCCAACAGGAGCAAACCAGACAGUUGGUGUGAGACGGAGCAUCCAGAUGACCAACCUCAGAGUGAGGAUCCCAAUUUUAAAUUUUCCCAACUGUGCAUUUCCCAUGCUGGGCUGGUAAAUGAAAACUAGCAUUCAGGCUGGAAUGAGAGGAGCCUGCAUUACAUCCAGCGUUGCAUACAGACCCUGCCUGCAUACAGUCUGCAGGGUGCAGAAGGGGAUCCAGUUACAUGGGUUGUCAUGGAUUCCACCUGUGAAGUGGGGAAGGCUUAUACCCUGGAAAGAUACCACAGCCAAGGAAAACUGAGACAGCUGAUGAUGUAUUACCUGAAAUAUUUGCAGCAAAACAAUAUUCCAUUUUACCUCCCUGUGCUGAAAGAGAAUGAAAAAUCCAGCAGAUCUGUGCUGCAGAGUGGUUUCUUUGUGGUCCCAUGUGGUUGGCAUCAAUGGAUGUGCUACCCAGAGAAAUGA